AUGUCCCUCUGGGGCCACCAGAGCUGCUUUGCCACCAAGAGCGGAGCCAGGGAGACCUUGCCCUGGCCAGCCGUGCCAGGCACCUCUCCUGCCUGCUUCCGGGCCCGUUUGCCAGACGGGGAGAGGGCACUCGAGUCGCCAUCACCACCUGGGCAAGGCCAUGAGGACAGGGUCCUCCCAGUUCUCUGUCCACGGGGCUGGCUCAGACUCAGCUGCCCAGAUGAGGCUCAUGCUGGGAGCUUGGCCAUGACCUCGGAGGCCUCUUCUGGAAGCCGCUGUGCCAGGAACGGGAUGCUGCGGAGGCGGGCCCGGGAGGAGGACAGUGCCGUCCUGAUCGACAUGGCCCCCGGGGCAGAGAAGGGGGACUCCUACGGGAGCACAGCCAAUACCUUAGAGCCGGGUGGACACCAGGCGGCCACUUGCAGGGUGGGGAGCCCUGCCAAGCCCCGAAUCGACUUCGUCCUUGUUUGGGAGGAAGACCUGAAGCCGGGUCAGCAGCAGGACCACACCACCCGGGACAAGACAGAUGCACACGGGGCCUGGAGGGAGACCUUUCUGGAUAAGCUUCGUGCAGCUGGGCUGCAUGUGGACCAGCGUGACGUCCAGGAUGAGGACAACGCAGUGCACUACGUCCUCCUCAGCGCCCCCUGGGCACUGCUCUGCUACUACGCGGAAGACCUGCGCCUGAAGCUGCCUCUGCAGGAAUUGCCCAACCAGGCCUCCGACUGGUCAGCCAGCCUACUGGAGCGGCUGGGCCUCCCCAACAUCCUGCUAGAGGAUAUGCCUGACGUGCCCCCCGAGUACUACUCCUGCCAGUUCAAAAUGAGCAAGCUGUCGAGGUUUCUCGGGAGUGACAACCAGGACACCUUCUUCUCCAGCACCAAGAGGCACCAGAUUCUGUUUGAGAUCCUGGCCAAGACCCCAUACGGCCACGAGAAGAAAGGCCUGUUUGGGAUCGACCAGCUGCUGUCAGAGGGUGUCUUCAGCGCGGCCUUCCCUCUGCACGAUGGCCCCUUCACAACACCCCCGGAGGGCCCGUGGGCUCCGGGCCUCAACCGUCGGCAGGUCCUGUUCCGGCACUGGGCCAGCUGGUGCAAGUGGCACAAGUACCAGCCUCUGGACCACGUGUGCAGGUACUUCGGGGAGAAGGUGGCCCUCUACUUCGCCUGGCUUGGGUUCUACACAGGCUGGCUCCUGCCAGCGGCAGUGGUGGGCACGCUGGUGUUCCUGGUGGGCUGUUCCAUGGUGUUCUCAGAUACGCCCACGCAGGAGCUCUGCGGCAGCACGGACAGCUUCGAGAUGUGUCCACUCUGCCUCGACUGCCCCUUCUGGCUGCUCUCCAGCGCCUGCACCCUGGUCCAGGCUGGCCGGCUCUUCGACCACGGCGGCACCGUCUUCUUCAGCCUGUUCAUGGCGCUGUGGGCCGUGCUGCUCCUGGAGUACUGGAAGCGGAAGAGCGCCACGCUGGCCUACCGCUGGGGCUGCUCUGACUAUGAGGACCUCGAGGAGAGGCCGCGGCCCCAGUUUGCUGCCUCAGCCCCCAUGACAGCCGUGAACCCCAUCACUGGCGAGGAUGAGCCCUACUUCCCCGAGAGGAGCCGCCUGCGCCGUGUGCUGGCCAGCUCCGUGGUGGUCGUGAUGAUGGUGGCUGUGGUGGUCAUGUUCCUUGUGUCCAUCAUCCUGUACCGGGCCAUCAUGGCCAUCCUGGUGUCCAGGUCGGACAAAACCCUGCUUGCAGCCUGGGCGUCACGCAUUGCCAGCCUCACGGGGUCCGUGGUGAACCUUGUCUUCAUCCUCAUCCUCUCCAAGAUCUAUGUGGCCCUGGCCCACAUCCUGACGAGGUGGGAAAUGCACCGGACCCAGACCAAGUUCGAGGACGCCUUCACCCUCAAGGUGUUCAUCUUCCAGUUCGUCAACUUCUACUCCUCGCCCAUCUACAUCGCCUUCUUCAAGGGCAGGUUCGUGGGCUACCCGGGCAGCUACCACACCCUGUUCGGGGUCCGCCACGAGGAGUGUGCGGCCGGAGGCUGCCUCAUUGAGCUGGCACAGGAGCUCCUGGUCAUCAUGGUGGGCAAGCAGAUCAUCAACAACGUGCAGGAGAUUCUCGUCCCGAAGCUCAAGGGCUGGUGGCAGAAGUUCCGGCUGCGCUCCAAGAAGAGGAAGGCGGGCGCUUCCACGGCGGCUGGCCAGGUGCCCUGGGAGGCAGACUACGAGCUGCUGCCCUGUGAGGGCCUGUUUGACGAGUACCUCGAAAUGGUGCUGCAGUUCGGCUUCAUCACCAUCUUCGUGGCCGCCUGCCCGCUCGCGCCGCUCUUCGCGCUGCUCAACAACUGGGUGGAGAUCCGCCUGGACGCGCGCAAGUUCGUGUGCGCGUACCGGCGCCCGGUGGCCGAGCGCGCGCAGGACAUCGGCAUCUGGUUCCACAUCCUGGCGGGCAUCACGCACCUGGCGGUCAUUAGCAACGCCUUCCUGCUGGCUUUCUCGUCGGACUUCCUGCCGCGCGCCUACUACCAGUGGAGCCGCGCCCGCGACCUGCGCGGCUUCGUCAACUUCACGCUGGCGCGCGCCCCGCCCGCCUUCGCCGCGGCGCACAACCGCACGUGCAGGUAUCGGGCUUUCAGAGACGACAAUGGACAUUAUUCCCAGACCUACUGGAAUCUUCUGGCCAUCCGCCUGGCCUUUGUCAUUGUGUUUGAGCAUGUGGUGUUCUCCAUCGGCCGGAUCCUCGACCUCCUGGUACCUGACAUCCCCGAGUCCGUGGAGAUCAAGGUGAAGCGGGAAUACUACCUGGCCAAGCAGGCGCUGGCCGAGAACGAGGCUCUCUUGGGAACAAAUGGAGCGAAGGACCACCAGCCCCUGGCUCAGGAGAUGUGACUGGGCCCACAAGCCUAGCAUGCCAGGAGCUGGCAGGGCCUCCACAGACCCUUCCCUCUGAGGUCACAGGGGUCACCCCAAGAGUUGGCACCUGAGGGACCUGGAGCCAGACCCACCUGGAGGGCAGAGACCUCGCCGCCUCAGAAGUGAUGCCAGGCUGUCAAAGGCUCACUGCUCUCAGAAGCCACAGCCGGUCUCUUGUCCCUCCUUGGCCCAGAGCUGCCCUGCCCUUGGCUGCCUUGGGCCUCUGCUCAGGCACCCUGCCUCCCAGGUCCUGGUCAUGGCCCCCACUAGCCACCCCUUGGAGUCCCCAAGGCCAGCUCAUUACAGCAGCAGCGCGUGGAGGGCCAGGACAUGCUGUGCCCAGGGGAGCCCAGGGGCAUCCAGUGGCUUGUG